AUGUGUAGCAGCAACAGCCUGUUCCCUGACCCAACAGCAACGAACGGAUGCUAUCAUCAUGUAGAUUUUGCAACAGCUCACAACAGGCCGUCACCAAUCAAUUCCUUCAGCUGCAGCAACAGUUCGCUCAGCAGUACACGGUUUCAUGCAGCAGCAAUGAAAGUGACCAUACCUCCCAAUCCGGAGGUGGUUCUGGACUCGUUGAUCGGAAAUAUCCGAGAGUUCCAGUACGAUCAAGAAAACCAAAUUACCUUUGUCAAAUGUUACAACGAAGUUGUCAAGAUUUUGACCAGCUUAGGAAAGGAUGGAAAUGCCACACUAGGAGACUACGUUGAUUUUAGCAGUGUUUGGGGACUAGAUUAUGGAGACCCGAAUCCAAAGAUACGAAAAUCCUAUGAUUUCAUUAUCAUCGGAGCAGGUCCCGCCGGAUGUGUUAUGGCGAAUCGCCUGUCGGAAAAUCCUAGCGUAAAUGUACUAUUGUUGGAACUUGGCAAAGCGGAAAUUCUGUUGACUCAAGAUAUUCCAAUACUUUCUUUCUACCAACCCAGCACGGAUUAUAACUUUGGAUAUGUGACUGAGCCCCAAGCUGGAGCUUGUUUGGGAAUGGAAGAUAAACGAUGUCCGUGGCAUUAUGGUCGAGGUCUUGGCGGUUCAAGCAUCAUCAAUAAUAUGAUUUAUACUCGAGGCAACUUUAGAGAUUUUGACUCAUGGAACGCAUCCGGAAAUCCAGGUUGGAGUUAUAACGAUGUUCUUCCGUAUUUUAUAAAAGCUGAAGAUGCGAAUUUGCGGGAUUUCCAAUACAACGGAUUUCACGGCAAGGGUGGAUAUUUAGCGGUAGAGCAUUCGCCUUAUCAGACUCCAUUGGUAUCGGCUUACAUUAGCAGUGCUCAACGGGUCGGAUUGCCUUAUAUUGAUUAUAAUAGUAGAGAUCAAAUUGGAGUGUCAUACACACAAUACACUUCACGGCGCGGGUUAAGAUGGACGGCAGCUCGGGCCCUUUUGAAUCCUAUUCGAAAACGAAAGAAUUUACAUGUUUUAACAAGAGCUUGGGCGACUAAGGUCUUGAUUGAUGCGAAUACAAAAACUGCGAAUGGUGUUCAAUACACAAGGAAUAAGAAAACAUUCAAAGUGAAGGCGAAGCGAGAAGUAAUACUAUCUGCUGGUACAUUCGAAAGUGCUAAACUACUAAUGUUAUCUGGCAUUGGUCCUAAAGAGCAUUUACGCGAUAUGGGAGUGGAUGUUAUUCAAGAUUUGCCUGUCGGAGAAACUCUGUACGAACACCCGGGUGCAAUUGGACCGGUUUUCACCGUCGAUAGAACGAUCGAUGAAAACAUCAACAUUGAAGCUCUGAUCAAUGUACCAAACGUGAUUAAAUAUUUAUUUAGUAAAGGUCCAUUCACGUCGGCCCUUGCUGAAGGGUUAGCAUAUAUAAAAACUCCUUUUUCUCCGUAUCCUGCGGAUCCCGAUUGGCCAGACGUAGAAUUGUGCCAAAUAGCCAUUCAAGUUGGAGAUGACCCUACUCCAGGGGUACAGGACUUUUUCCGACUGGAUAAACGAGUGCUCGAAUCGUUUUUUAGACCACUCUUCAACGUCCGCGCUUUCAUGUAUCUUCCCGUGUUGAUGCAUACUCGUACUAAAGGAUCGUUAAAGCUAAAAUCUUCUAACCCAUACGAUCACCCAGUUUUUAAUUAUCAAUAUUUUGAAGACGAACGUGAUCUGGAUGCGCUAGUUUACGGAAUCAAAGUAGCAAUUAACAUUACCAGCCAAAAACCUUUCACCGACCUCGGCGUUAGAUUGUACUCCAAAAAGGUGCCAGGCUGUGAGCAAUUUGAGUUCAAUUCUGACCAGUAUUGGCGUUGUUAUGUCCGGGUUUUAACAGCGACAUACCAUCAUUAUGUCGGUACUUGUAGAAUGGGGCCCUCAUCGGACCCUGCGGCGGUUGUCGACUCUCGAUUGCGAGUGCAUGGAGUGAACCGACUUCGCGUUGCCGAUGCUGGAAUAGCUCCAGCACCUCCUACAGCUCACACGGCCGCAAUAGCGUAUAUGAUUGGGGAGAAAGGAGCAGAUAUGGUUAAAAGUGACAACGGACUUUAAUCAAAGUUGAUUAUGCACGACGCUAUUCGAAUAGCAUUGUAUACUUUUUUUACGUACUCAACCCAUAACACCGCAUCAUAAAAGUGGAUCAGUGUUGAAAGAACUUACAGUUUGAGGCCACAAUGCAUGUUCGAUAUUAGCCGGCCGUUUGCUGAAGCGUGCCGCGGUGUUCAUUACGGUACGGACAUUUGUUUUGAUAUGCGUGAAC